UACUUGCUCAUUCCUAAUAUAUGCAUAUAGUUGACAAUACGCGUGUGACGGCGAUCUGAGGCUUUUAUUAACCCGUUUUUGCCACGUAAAUUGCUUUGAAUUAGUUUCGAACGCUGCAAUUGCCAUUGCAAAAUGAUUAUCUACACAAAUGAGGGCAAUCCGCUAGGCCUGCAGCUUCUAGUGCUCGCUAAAUUCGCCAAGCGGGCGGUCCAAGUGCUGUUGGUUAACCUAAAUGAUGCCAAGUACAAGGAUUUGAUGGUGCUGCCCACGCUCGAACUGGACAAUGGCUUGCGAUUGUUCUCCACGGCAGCCAUAGCGAAAUAUUUAUUGGGCGACGAGGGUCAGCAGCGGGACGAGUGGCUGGAGUGGUCCACAACACUGUUGGCGCCAGCGCUGGCUCACCACAUGGGCGUCGGUCAUCGCGCGGAUCCAAACGCUUUGCCUGUGCUGAAUGGUCUCGUAAAGAAGCUCGACGAUUGCCUCAAGAACGCGCCCUUUUUAGCGGGCGAUAAGCUAAGCGCCGCGGACAUAGCCAUCUGGUGCCUACUGGCGCCCGAUGGCACACUGAAAGGUGCCCAGCACGUGGACAAUCUACGCAGAUGGUACGACAAAAUGAAAGCUUUGCCUGAGGUGCAACAAGUGCUGGGCGAGCAGCCCUUAAAGGAGCUCAGCUUCAAUGCGUUGCAGCAGGCAAAUCGUUAUGGUGGACUUCAUCAUGUGCCGCUCAAGCGUUCCAGCUCGGUUGAUGCUGGCAAAGUGCUGGCCGAAACAGCUCCCACUGUGGCAGACACCAUUACGGAUGAAGAGAUCAAUGCGGCACGCGCUGCCUUCACAUACUCUAAACCAAAGGAGCUGGCCCAAGCACGCACUGUUCUGCCAAAGGCUGGAGAACGCAAUGUGCUCAUCACCUCAGCCCUGCCGUAUGUUAAUAAUGUGCCACAUCUGGGCAACAUUAUUGGCUGUGUGCUGUCCGCUGACAUCUUUGCUCGCUACUCGCGUGCAGCUGGCUACAAUACGCUGCUCAUCUGUGGCACGGAUGAGUAUGGCACGGCCACGGAGAAUAAGGCUCUGGCCGAGAAUAUGACGCCGCGUGAGAUUUGCGACAAGUAUUUCGAGCUGCACAAUUCCAUUUACCGCUGGUUCGGCAUUGGUUUUGAUUACUUUGGACGCACCACCACCCAGGAGCAAACCGACAUUGUACAAGAGGCUUUCCAGGAUGUCUACAAAGCGGGCUACAUACUCACCGAGAGCGUGGAGCAGCUGCUGUGCCAAAAAUGCGAUCGUUUCCUAGCCGAUCGCUUUGUGGAGGGCACCUGUCCGCAUCCUGGCUGUGGCUAUGAGGACGCACGCGGUGAUCAGUGCGACAAGUGCGGCAAGCUGGUGAAUGCCACCGAAUUGGUGCGUCCACGUUGCAAGGUGUGCAACAGCGCGCCCGUGCUGCGCUCCUCGGAUCAACUGUUCCUGGAUCUGCCCAAAUCGGAGCCGAAGUUGCGCGAGUGGGUGGAUCGUGUUGAACAGGGCUGGACGCAUAAUGCUCGGGUUAUAACACGAGCCUGGCUACGCGAGGGCCUGAAGCCGCGCUGCAUUACGCGCGAUCUCAAAUGGGGCAUACCCGUGCCGCACAAGAACUUUGAGAAGAAGGUCUUCUAUGUGUGGUUCGAUGCACCGUUUGGCUAUGUGUCCAUGACCAAGCGUUACACCAAGGAGUAUCUGCAGUGGUGGCAGCCCGCAGCUGGCACUAAUGUGGAGCUCUUCCAGUUUAUGGCCAAGGACAAUGUCCCCUUCCAUUCGGUCGUGUGGCCCAGUGUGCUCCUGGCCAUUAACAAGGGCAACACGCUGGUCAGCCACAUCAUGGCCACGGAAUAUCUGAACUAUGAGGAUGGCAAAUUUAGCAAGAGUCGCGGCAUUGGUGUCUUUGGCAAUGAUGCCCAGGAGACGGGCAUAGCCGCUGAUGUUUGGCGCUUCUAUUUGGCAUCGGCACGUCCAGAGGGUCAGGAUUCCAGCUUCAGCUGGAAUGAUUUGGCCGCUCGCAACAACUCCGAAUUGCUCAACAAUUUGGGCAACUUUGUCAAUCGCGCUUUGGUCUUCUGCGAGAAGAAUUUCAAUAGCACUGUACCCCAAAUUGUACUCAACCAGGACGAGCUGGUGCUCCUGGCGCUCAUCAAUCGCGAGCUGCGUGGCUACAUCAACUCCCUGGAGAAGGCCAAGCUGCGCGAUGGCAUACGUCAUCUGCUGGCAAUUUCACGACAUGGCAAUGGCUACAUGCAAACCCAACAGCCUUGGGUGCUGCUCAAGGGUAACGAUGAGCAGAAGUCUCGCGCCGCCACCAUCAUUGGCCUGUGCGCCAAUAUAGCCUGUCUGCUGGCCAACCUGCUCUUCCCUUACAUGCCCAGCACGGCGCGCACCCUGUUCGCUCAGCUGAAUGCCAAGCAAACGCCACUCGAUGCCAACAAACCCUUGGCCACAAUAUUAUUGCCGACGGGCCACAAGAUUGGAAAGCCCUCACCACUGUUCACCAAAUUGGAGCAGGCGUUCAUUGAUGAGCUCAAGGGCAAAUAUGGCGGCACGCAGGAAAGCAGGGCGGAGGCGCCACAACAGCCAGCUGAGCUGGAGGCAGCAGUGCAGGCGCAGGCCGACAAGGUGCGUCAACUGAAGGCGAGCACAAAAGAUAAGACCGUUUGGCAGCCGGAGGUUAACAAGCUGCUCGAACUGAAGAAACAGCUGGAAGCGGCGCAGAAGACGACGCCCGCAGCAGCGGCUCCAGCUGCAGCCACACAAUCUGUGCAAGAUCUGGAAAAGGCUGUGCAGGCGCAAGGCGAGAAGGUGCGUCAGCUCAAGUCCAGCACAAAAGACAAGGCUGUCUGGCAGCCCGAAGUAAAUAUGCUGCUCGAUUUAAAGAAGCAACUGGAGGCGGCCAAGGCAGCGCCUGCAGCUGCCGCUCUAGCCGCUGCGCCAGCAGCUGCACCAGCGAACGCCGCCGCGGAUGCGGGCAAAAUAAAAGCACUGGAGGACAAAAUCGCACAGCAGGGCGAGAAGGUGCGCAGCCUAAAGGCCAGCGGGGAUGCGACCAUUUGGAAGCCCGAGCUCGACGUGCUCCUAAAUCUGAAGAAGGAGCUGGCGGCGCUGACUGGAGCACCAGCAGCUGCCACGCAGAGCAAGAAUAAGAAGAAAAAGUAAAGCUCAGUCAUAUAUUUACAAUAUUCAAAGGUUGCAAACUUCUCGUGAACAAGUCUAUUCAUUUUUUUCAUUAAGUUAUUUCGCGUUGCUUUUGCAUUUAAAAAAUCGACCUAUAUUUAUUUACAAGUAUUGCAGAAAUUUCUUUUAGUAAUUUAUUCAGUUUGUGAAAAUAGUAAAUAUAUAUUGACAAUGA